AACUUGUAAGCAAGAUCAGAUAUUUUCCAAUUCAAUGAAAACAGUUUCCUUUUCUUCUCUGUGAACUUUCUUCAUAGUUCACUGAAUAUGUGUUAAUGAAGGUUGUUUCAAUCCAGUUUUAGCUAGUUUUUCACAUGGUAUCAGAGCAGAUUUAGAUCCUACUGCUCGAGUGUUAGAAAUCACAGAUUAAACUAGCUCAAAAUGGGAGAUACUGCUAAUUCAGAGAAUACAAAUGCAGAAUCUGCAGAUGUAGAUCAUAAUCAUCCAUUGUAUUUGCAAUCCUCAGAUACUCCUGGGAUUGCUUUGCAUUUGAUUAGACUUACUGGUCCAGAAAACUAUGCAUUAUGGAGCAGGUCAAUGAAAGUAGCUUUGUUGGUGAAGAACAAGCUAGGUUUUAUUGAUGGAACCUAUUUGAAAAAUGCAUACAAAUGAGAUCAAGCAAUGAAGUGGGAGAGGUACAAUGCGGUGGUGCUAUCGUGGAUUUACAGCACUGUUGCAUCAGAACUAGUGUCGAGCAUCAUGUAUGCAUCGAAUGUGAGAAAAGUAUGGGAAGACUUCAGAGAAAGGUUUGAAAAUCUAACCUUACUAGAAUUUAUCAUUUGUGGAAUGAAAUAGGAAUAUUGAGACAUAAUACAAACUCUAUUACUCUCUACAUCACUAGAUUGAAGGCUUAUUGGGAUGAAAUGGAUGUGCUAGUACUAGCUCCAUCUUGUAAUUGUGAAGAUUCUAAGCCCUAUGUAGAACAUAUGACAAACCAAAGGUUAUUGCAGUUCCUAGUAGGAUAGAAUGACAGUUACAGCCAGUUGAGAAGUUCAAUCCUUCAAAAGACAUGUUCUCACCAUAAAUGAGGCUUAUUCUCUUGCAAUUCAAGAGGAAAGUCAGAGAUGCUUAGGAGUUAUGAAUACAAACAAUGAGUCCUUGACCUUGUUUGUUGGAAGAGGACAAGAAAUGAAAUCAAAAAGGCCAGUUCUAGGAUCAGGAUUUGGGAUAAUUUGUGAAUACUAUGGGUAUAAAGAUCAUUUUAAGGAAAACUACUACAGAAUUAUUAGUUUUCCACCAGACUUUAAGAGUAAGAAGAAACUAGAACCUGUUGGUGAGAAGCCACAUUUUGGAGAAACUAGGUCUUAUGCCAACACAAAAAAUGCAUCUGUUGAAGCAAGUACUAGUUCCAGCUUCUCUCAAGGACAAGGCCAUUUCUUCACUGAGGACCAGUACAAGAAAUUGCUGAAUUUUCUGAGCAAAGCUGAGACAAGUGAAACAAGUGACUAUCACUCUAACAUGGCAGGAGCUCUUCAGUAGGAGAGUGAUAAGGAUUGGUAGAAAAAGAGAUGGACUGUACAUCUUAAGGAGAUUAGUACAACCUACAGUAGGAAUAACAGUUGCUGAUGACAAUAAAUUAACUAUGUUGUGGCAUAAAAGACUGGGACAUCCAUCAUCAAAUGCAAUGACACAUAUUCCAAGGUUCAAAGGUGGAGCAGGAGAUGCUUUGCAGCAGUGUUGUGAAAUAUGCCCCUUAACAAAGCAACAUAGACUAAAAUUUCCUAUUAGUACUACUAGAACUACCACUGUUUUUGAAUUACUGCAUUUAGAUGCUUGGGGACCUUACGAGGUGCCCUACUUAUGACAAGAAGCAUUACUUUGUUACCGUUGUUGAUGAUUUUAGUAGAUAGACCUGGGCUUGUUUGAUACAGUCAAAGGUAGAGGUGGUAGUUGUAUUGACUAGUUUUCUAUGUAUGAUAAAGAAUCAGUUUGAUACUACUGUUAAGGUGAUACGAACUGAUAAUGGUACUGAGUUUUUUAAUGCUAAAUCUGAUGCAUUGCUACAAUCUUAUGGCAUAAUA